AUGGCACUGAAACGAGUGUUGUACUACUUCAAGAACGAAACAAACACCAUCACUGAGCCCAUGUAUCCAGAGAUGGUGAACAUGUGUGAAGCGAUCAUCUUCAGGACGUUGCCUCCGUUGUCCAGUCUAAAUGAAGCAGACGAUAAUGAGUACACACUUGACGUUCCAUUGCCACUCCCCCAGCUGGCCCUUCAGUGCUUAUCUAAGUUUUUAACCCAUCCUACGUUUGACCCAAAGAUUGGAGAGAAGUACAUUGACAAGAAAUUUGUCAUGCAGCUUCUUCAACUUUUUGAGAGUACAGAUCCCAUGGAGAGAAAAAUUCUCAAAGUAGUGCUCUACGGGAUCAUUGAAACAUUUGCUGGAUUGAGAAAGUUCAUCUUCAAAGAGAUCAGUCACAUUUUCUGCAGGUUUAUUUAUGAGACGGGUCACCACAGUGGUAUUGCUGAACUCCUGGACUUAAUUAGAAGUUUAAUCAAAGAUCUUGAGGAGCCACUACGUCAAGACGACAGGAAUUUCCUCUUGAAAGUUUUGAUGCCUCUGCACACAGCGGAGUCACUUGGUGACUAUCAUCCAGAGUUGGUCAGAUGUGUUGCCCGGUUUUUGGAGAAGGAUGAGAUGGUAACUGAACCGGUUGUGAUGGCCCUCCUGAAAUACUGGCCAAAGAGCAACAUUAAAAAAGAACUGAUGUUCUUGGAUGCGCUGGAAGACAUUUUGCCUAUCAUCGAUCAAUCUGUCUUCAUCAAAGUACAAACACCUGUCUUUAAACGUUUGGCCAAGUGUGCAUCCAGCCUGAGCCAGAAGGUGGCUGAACGAACCCUUUUGUUUUUCGACAAUGAAGAUGUCAUGAUUUUGAUCAGCGACAACGCAAGAACCAUCAUUCCAAUUUUGUUGCCUGUACUAAAGAACAGUGCACAGACGCACUGGAAAGAGUAA